CUAUCGCUUUUUUGAACAAUCGUUGGUAGCAACAGGGAAUUGCAGAAACCAGUUGUCUUGGGUUUCGCAAGAAUUGGAAAAGGAGGAUCUGGUCAAAGAGCAGGACAUGGAGGAAGAGGCGCCGCGGUUCAAUGUGCUGGAGGAGGCGUUCAACGGCAAUGGGAACGGGUGCGCCAACGUGGAGGCCACCCAAUCGGCCAUAUUAAAAGUGCUGACGCGCGUUAAUCGCUUCCAGAUGCGCGUCCGCAAGCACAUCGAAGACAACUACACGGAGUUUUUGCCCAACAACACGUCGCCGGACAUAUUUCUGGAGGAGUCGGGGUCCUUGAAUCGCGAGAUUCACGACAUGCUCGAGAACUUGGGUUCCGAGGGACUGGACGCCUUGGACGAGGCGAAUGUCAAGAUGGCGGGUAACGGCAGGCAGCUGCGAGAGAUCCUUUUGGGUCUGGGUGUCAGCGAGCAUGUGCUAAGGAUCGACGAGCUGUUCCAGUGCGUGGAGGAGGCCAAGGCCACCAAGGAUUACUUGGUGUUACUGGACCUUGUCGGUCGUUUGAGGGCUUUCAUCUAUGGCGAUGAUUCCGUUGACGGGGACGCGCAGGUGGCCACGCCAGAGGUUCGACGCAUCUUUAAGGCUCUCGAGUGCUACGAGACCAUCAAGGUGAAAUACCAUGUACAGGCAUAUAUGCUGCAGCAGAGCCUCCAGGAGCGCUUCGAUCGCCUGGUGCAGCUGCAGUGCAAAUCCUUUCCCACAUCGCGUUGCGUCACCUUGCAGGUGAGCCGGGAUCAAACGCAGCUGCAGGAUAUUGUGCAGGCUCUCUUCCAGGAGCCCUACAAUCCGGCGCGCCUCUGCGAAUUCCUGCUGGACAAUUGCAUAGAACCGGUGAUCAUGCGCCCAGUGAUGGCCGAUUACAGCGAAGAAGCCGAUGGUGGCACCUACGUUCGAUUGUCGCUUUCCUACGCCACCAAGGAGCCCAGCUCAGCGCAGCUUCGCCCGAACUACAAGCAGGUCUUGGAGAACCUCAGGCUGCUGCUGCACACGCUGGCCGGGAUCAACUGCAGUGUGUCCAGGGACCAACAUGUUUUUGGCAUUAUUGGCGAUCAUGUGAAGGAUAAAAUGCUGAAAUUACUGGUGGACGAGUGCCUGAUACCAGCUGUGCCCGAAAGCACGGAGGAGUAUCAGACAUCCACGCUGUGUGAGGAUGUCGCCCAGCUGGAGCAGCUGCUUGUAGACUCAUUCAUCAUCAAUCCCGAGCAAGAUCGAGCCCUAGGGCAGUUUGUAGAGAAGUACGAGACCUACUACCGCAAUCGGAUGUAUCGUCGAGUUCUGGAAACGGCGCGGGAGAUCAUCCAGCGCGAUCUGCAGGACAUGGUGCUGGUGGCGCCCAACAACCACUCAGCCGAAGUGGCAAACGAUCCCUUCCUCUUCCCACGCUGCAUGAUCUCGAAAAGUGCUCAGGACUUUGUCAAACUAAUGGACCGCAUUCUUCGCCAGCCCACGGAUAAACUGGGCGACCAAGAGGCCGAUCCCAUAGCCGGCGUCAUUUCCAUCAUGCUGCACACCUACAUCAAUGAGGUGCCCAAGGUGCACCGCAAGCUGCUCGAGAGCAUUCCACAGCAGGCCGUCCUGUUCCACAACAAUUGUAUGUUCUUCACACACUGGGUAGCGCAGCAUGCGAACAAGGGCAUCGAAAGCUUGGCGGCGCUGGCCAAGACACUGCAGGCCACCGGUCAGCAGCAUUUCCGCGUGCAGGUCGACUACCAAUCCUCCAUCCUGAUGGGCAUCAUGCAGGAGUUCGAGUUCGAGAGCACGCACACGCUGGGCUCUGGUCCACUGAAGCUGGUGCGUCAGUGCCUUCGCCAGCUGGAGCUGCUGAAGAACGUGUGGGCCAAUGUGCUCCCGGAGACCGUGUACAAUGCAACCUUCUGCGAGCUAAUCAACACAUUUGUCGCCGAGCUAAUCCGUCGAGUGUUCACGCUGCGCGACAUUUCCGCACAGAUGGCCUGUGAGCUGAGCGAUCUCAUUGACGUGGUGCUCCAGCGGGCGCCCACGCUUUUCCGCGAACCAAACGAGGUGGUCCAGGUGCUCUCUUGGCUUAAGCUGCAGCAACUGAAGGCCAUGCUGAACGCGUCGCUCAUGGAGAUCACAGAGCUGUGGGGCGACGGCGUCGGCCCGCUGACCGCCAGCUACAAGUCGGAUGAGAUAAAGCACCUAAUCAGGGCGUUGUUCCAGGAUACGGAUUGGCGGGCCAAGGCCAUUACGCAGAUUGUAUAGGGCGCGUGCGCCUUUUUUGCGAGCGAGGAAUGUUGAACGGCGGAUAGACAUCACAUUUGAGGUGGUAAACGGAGUCUAAAUUUGAUGAUCACCAUCAAUGUGUCCUUACUUUAAUUCCUUGAAUUGUUUACCACAAAUGCCAAAAGUAAUAGAAUUUGAUAAUCUUUAAUUCUCCGAAUGGUUUCUGUUGUACAUAGAAAAGUAAUUAUCCACAAAAAUCCAUUCCAUUCUUCCCGCAACGCAACACAAUAUUUAACUUAAGACUUAUUUAAAUGAAUAAAAACAACUAAAUCCC